CUGACCAGUAGUGAGUGUUUGCCUGACCGGCGAUGCCGCUCCGGCCGUCCGGCGUCCCCUCCUCGCUCCUCGCCGUCCAGCGCGCUGUCCGUCGUCUAUGAGAUGGCCGGCCAGCGCCUGCGGCUUACCCUUCAGUGCAGCCAGUCGGCGGGCCCAAACACCGGCGGCGGCACCCACGCAGUUCGAUUUCCCCCAAAUCUGGUGGGCUCUGUGGACGCGUGCUGUCUCCACCGUUCAGUCGAUUGCUGAGCCUUGGUACUAAUCUGAAUAGUGAUGGAGCCUUUCAGUUCCCUAUGUUCCACAUAAAUCAUCCAUUGUUACCUUCAUGGACCCAGUCUGCAAAUAUGCAAGACACCACUAUCAUAAGGGGCGACAACCUGCAGGAAAAUGUAUUCUUUGUGGCCAUCAGCCUUGGGACACCAGCUGUUCUUAAUCUUGUCACUAUUGACACCGGUUCCUCUCUCUCCUGGGUUCAGUGUCGACACUGUGACACGCGUUGCUAUUGGCAAACCGGAAAGGCUGGACCAACAUUCAACCCCCUGAAGUCCUCAACUUACCGGAAUGUCAAUUGCUCAACUGAGGUCUGCCAUGCCAUGCACAAGAUCUCUGGUCUUUUUUCUGGCUGUGUCGAUGGCAAAGAUGCUUGCCUCUACAGAAUACGAUAUGCACUGGGAGAGUACUCAGUCGGGUACUUAGUCAAAGACAAGCUCACUCUUCCUAACAACUACACUAUUGAUGAUUUCAUCUUUGGUUGCGGUGCGGGUAAUCUAUACAGUGGAUCUAACACAGGUAUCAUUGGUUUUGGGAAUGAAAGUUACUCAUUUUUCAACCAGGUAGCUCGGCAGACAAACUAUAGAGCAUUUUCUUACUGCCUUCCUAGUGAUCAUGAGAACGAAGGGUUUCUGUCAAUUGGACCAUAUGUUCGAGAUGAAAAACUUAAGUUGACUAGAUUGUUUAGUUAUGGUCAUUUACCAUUCUAUGCUAUUCAACAGCUUGGCAUGAUGGUCAAUGGGAUCAGACUUGAAGUUGAUCCCCGUAUCUAUAGUACUGCGAUGACAAUUGUUGAUACUGGCACUACUGAUACAUAUAUUUUGUCUCCUUUGUUUCAUGCGCUUGACAAGGAAGUGACAACAGCAAUGCUAGCUAAGGGAUAUGCACGGGGAAGUCUGAAGGACAAGAUUUGCUUCGUUACCUCUGGUGAGCCAAUAGAUUGGAACGACCUACCUACUAUAGAGAUGGAAUUUGGAAUGUCUACCCUGCUGCUACGUAUGGGAAAUGUGUUUUAUGUGAACUCAGACAAUGAUAUAUGCUUGACAUUUCGGCCAGAUGAUGCCGGUGUAAAAGGGGCUCAAGUUUUGGGGAAUAGAGCAAUGAGGUCAUUUAGGGUUGUUUAUGAUAUCCAAGAUAGGAUCUUUGGCUUUGAAGCCGGUGCAUGUUGAUGGAUGGAAAGUGAAUAUUACCACAAAAGUUUAGUACCUUGUGCUUCAGGUUAUUGAAAUUGUUGCGGUUAUUGUCCGUUGUAAAGGUGCAGGAUUUCUCUAAUUUGGUGCUUGACGCUUUAUUAAUUUUCGGUCUUGAAACUUUCUGGUUAGACUGUUAAAUUGUUUCAGCUACUAUCUACUCAUGAUAUGGC